GUUUCUCGAUUAGAACGUUUGCUUCCGAUUGCAAACGUCGGAUUCAGAACACCAAGUGAAAAUAUCUAUUAGAACUUAGAGAAUGUAAUUAUUGGCAAAUGUACUGAAUUGCAAACAUAUUCUGUGUUCUGGGAAAUGUAUAUUCGCUGUGGGAGUUCGGUCUUUACUACGACUUCACAUCUGCGCAGAAAUGCUUUGGUCUGAAUGCUUGCAGCAGUUGAGGAGGAAGGGGGAGAGCAGGGAAAAGGAGGAGUUUUCGGGGGAGGCCAGAUGAUGCUGUGGCCGUCAGUGAAAGGAAAAGGAAGAAAAAAGGAGGGGGAGGUCCUAGUCGCCGGCUGCAGCAUCAUCAGCAUCAGCAUCACUUGCGUUGCUCUUCUCCUUGUGGAUGAUAGUGACAAAACGGGUGGAAUUAAUGGACUGUGAUUCGAACAUGUGGUGCUCGAAGACAAUCUAGUGUAUAUGUUUGUUUUUUUGUUCUGUUUGAACAAGAAUCCCUGAAAGAGAGGAGCUAAAAUGCUGCCUUGCGCUUCUUCGGCGCAGAUGGAGGAGAAGGAGAGGGAGGCACACAUGCUAACAGAGUGCAACAGGCUGACUGAAGAACGUGAUGAAGCUGAGCGACAGCUCAAACACAUCAAAAGAGUGUCUCAAAUGGUGAUUGAGGAGGUUGGUGUUCUGCAGACUCAGCUGGAGAUUGAGAAGUCUUGCAGGGAAAAUGCAGAGGCCUUGGCUACGAAGCUCAACUGCGAGAACAGAAAAUUGAAGUAUCUGAGCAUGUCAUCCCGGCCGUGCCUAGAUGAGCUGCUUCCCAGCAUCUCAGACUGCAUCACACUGGAGACAGACGUGGGGGCCACAGAUGACAACAGUCCUGACACCUUCACACAGUACCAGGAGCAGGUCAAAGAGCUGAGAGAAACAGUCAGCAGCCUGUUGGAGGAGAAGAAGAACUUUGUUUGUCAGAUUCAUGACCAGCAGAGACAGAUAGAAGUGCUUGCUCUACAGUCAGAGAAGGAUCAGGCAGCGUUGAAGGAGCUGAAUGAAACAGUUGAUCAACAAAGCAAAACGAUCAAGAGAUUUAACAGAGUCUCAAUGAUGGCCGCUCAAGAGUACGAGGGAAUGAAGGAUCAGCUAGACCUGGAGCAGAGCCUCAGAGUUAAAGCUGAGACCUAUGCACAUGAGAUGAUGGUGAAGCAGAAGGAAGCCAACAGACAGAGUAUGCUGCUGCUGCAGAGUGUGGAGCCCAGUGUUCAGUUGCUGAAAGCUCUGGAGGACGUCGCUGCCAUCACCAAAACACUGGAGGAAGAGCGCCAGCAGCACACGCUGAAGGUGCAGAGUCUGGAGGCAGAGCUCCAGCAGAGUUGUAUGAAAGAACAGCUGGAGGUUCUGCAGAGACAGCUGGAGCUGCUGGAGCUGGAGAAGAAGGAGGUAGAAGGACGACUAGAGCAGGCAGAGAAGAAGAAUGAGGAGCUGGAGAGCAGAGUUAAUGAGCUUCAGGAUACCCAUAAAGAGACACCACCCCCUCCCCCUGAGCCUGGAGUGGCCCCUCCUCCGGCCCCGCCUCCACAACCACCUCCACCACCUCCUCCUCCCCCUCCACCACCUCCUCCACCUCCCCCAUCUAGAUGCAACCCCCUCAGCUCUCUCAUUGCCAUCAUGAGGAAGACGUCCAAAGGUUCCAAAGCCCCUGUGAAGACGGAGCAGCCUCCAGCUGACGAGGGUGUGGAUGAUGUGAAGGUGAAGGCAGUGAACGAGAUGAUGGAGAGAAUUAAACAUGGUGUCAUCCUGAGGCCUGUCAAAAGCCAAAACAAAGAAAACAAGCGGUCAGCAGUAAAACAGCCUCCAUCAUCAGAGGAGAAACCACAUGAGAGCGCAAUGGAAGAACUGAAAGGCAUUCUGGACACUGUGAAAAAGAGCCCGAGCCGAGGCUCUCAGGAUUCAGGCUCCUCACUGCCAGGGAAGAAGGACAGCGAGCUGGAGGUCAUCCUGAGACGCCGGCGCAACAAGGCAGGAGAGGCCGGUUCUGGAGAUGAUGGUCAGCUGAGUUAUGUGUCCUCCACUGAUAGCCUUAAUGGACAGCGAACCAGCAGCGACUCCGGCAAGGAGGCAGAAGGGCCAGGAUCACUCAAUGCCCCCUCAGACUCAUCGGGGCCAAAGGUCAACCUAGAGAGACGUAGCUCUGGCCCUGGACCCAUCGUGCCAAGGAGGAAGAGCUCAGAUACGGGCCAGACCUCCAGAGUGGGCUCCUGGCAGGACAGGAGAUCCUGCAGCUCACUGACAGAGCGAGAGUCACUGUUCAACAACGGCUGUGUCAAUAGUGUUGAAGAAUAUAACAAAAUCCAAACAGAGAAAUGCAUAAAUCCCAACGAAGUCAUUCAUGGUGGCAGUGUUGAGGACACACAGGCUGCUGUCUGUACUGGUCCACUAGAGGGCGGCGUUGACGCUGAAUGCUAAGGUGGAGACAGAGGAUCCUGGGUUUUGUUUUAGCUUUUGUUGGUGGGUUUUUUUCAUGGAUUCACUUCCAAAUCAGAAAAUUUUUGUUUUAAUCAUCAGACACUUUUUUAUUUUCUGGAUAAGUCACUGACAUUUCUGCUGUUGUUUUCUUCAAAAACACAUGUUGAUUGAUUGGAUACAUUUGAAGCAGAAAGCUUUGUUUCUGUUGUUGUCUCAGAGAGAAAAACCGAAGCAUUAGAACGCCAGUUUUAUAUUACAUUUUUAAAAGUAAUACUGGUUGUUAUUUUUAUUUAACCAUCUGUUUUGUAUUUAUGAUAAAUAGGUUCUCUACCAAUGCAGAAAAAUCAUGGUUAUUAUAAUUUUUGUACAUGACCCGAAACAACUUCAUGUAUGUUUAUGUAUACAUAUUAUUUACCUAGUAGAAAUUCAAAUUUUCUUGUCUCAGUACUUUGAAACUGAAGUGUUGAAAAACCCCUUUUAGUUUUGUUACCAUUUGUAGACGGAACAUUUCAAUGGCCCCUUAUUUGUCUCACAGUAACCAGUAGGCUCUUGUUAAUUGUAAUACCAUAGUGGUUCUUUCAUGGUCUUUUCACCUUUUAGCCCAUCAGUUGUAGUUAACAGCCACCAGUUUGUGUGAACGACAGUUGAUGCCAUGGUUUGUUUGUUUUUUCAUUAUUUUCCCUUUCACUAAAUCCAUUUGACAUUAACACAUCUGUAAAAAUGAAACCAUAAAAAUGUCUAGCUUUUAUGAACUCACAAGGCAGAAAACACUAGUAGGUGAAUCUUAUAGACAUGAAAUCAUGUUUGUAUUAACAAAAAUGAAAUAAUCUGCUGCUCAACAAAACUACACCACUGUGAGCAAUAGAACAUGCAUGAGAGCAGAGGGCAGGGACACUUAGUCACUGGGAUGGAUGAAUAUGUGGAGAGUUGGACAAUGGCUGACAUGGAGACUAACACUUUUUUUAACCCGUGGAUGUUUGAGUUAGGUGUUACUGAAGUACAAGUGACGCUGUACUUUUAAUACAUAUUGUCUCAGAGGUCUGUGUCCAAUAACUGAUGGAGCGUUUCUGCUUAGCUGUGUUUGUGUUAAUGAUAUAUUACAAAGUCCCCCGGCUCACUACACUAUUCUACACUCAUUUCUACUGUAGUGCACACUUGGUAGUUUAAAAGUAUCAUACUUACAAAAUAGCAUCAAUCUACUUUUUAACCCUGGAUACUAAUGCACAUUAUACGGUAUUUAUAUUUUCCUUUUUGUCUGUGUUUUGUUUGAAACACCGCCACGUAACUCUGUCCUAACAGAUCUAAGGCAAACAGAGACAUUCUCAGGGUCCACUGGAAGAAAUAAAAAUCACCAAAUCUUCACCACUUCUGGGGCCUUGACUAGAAAAAAGGAGAAAUUAGUGAAAUGGUCAAAGUUUGUUUGAAGGAAGCAGGCACUGGUGCACUUUUCUACCUCUCAAUGGACACCACACGUCACACUUCCCGGUGUCAAGACUUGUGAGAUGUUGUCAUUAUUUGUCCACCAGAGGAGUCUUUCACCACCUCUGUCCUCGGAGCCAGCAACAAGUCCCCAGUCCAGUUUGCACACACACGUUUCCACAUGUCGUAGGGACGUUGCCGUCCGGCUGAGG